AUGGAUAAAGGGGUUGAAAAUUUGCUUUCUGCAAGAAAGCUGUUGAAGGCUAGUGUGGAGAAAUCAAAGGCAUUGGGGUUAUCUUUAGUAAAAACUGGGAUCAGAUUAGAUGAGAUUAGCCAAAUAUUACCAUCUUUGGAAGUCUCGGUCUGGCCAAUAAUGGCUCAAAGGAAGGCCCUUGGUAUAGUUGGGGGUCAUAUAAAUCGAGCUGUCGUCCCAGCGACUGCAGUUCUUAAGGUUUUUGACGCCAUUCAUGGACUUGAGAAAUCAUUAUCUGAUCCUCAAUCUGAUCUCCCUGGGUAUCUUGGGGUGCUUAAGCGACUUGUGGAGGCAACCAGGGUCCUCGGAGACAAUCGUGGGAUAGCAAUUCAAUGGUUAGCCGAUAUUGUUGAGUACCUGGAGGAUCAAGAAGUGGCGGAUGACGAGUUUAUAUCAGGUUUGAAGAAAGCACUGGAGUGUCUUCGGGAAUUGGAGGUGGGGGAGGAGAAGGGUCAUCUUGAUGGGGGGCUUCUCGAGGUUGCUUUGGACAGGUUGGAGAAUGAGUAUCGGCGGCUUUUGACAGAAAACAGUGUUCCAUUGCCAAUGUCCUCACCAACAUCGCCAGGUGAGCAAGCGUGCAUUGCACCGUCCCCUUUACCGGUGGCUAUUAUACAGAAGCUGCAGGCUAUUCUUGGGAGAUUGAUUGCAAAUAACAGGUUUGACAGUUGCCUUUCCAUUUAUGUUGAGGUUCGGAGUUCAAAUGUUCGGGCAAGUUUGCAAGCACUUAAUUUGGAUUAUCUUGAGAUAUCAGUCUCUGAAUUCAAUAAUGUGGCUAGCAUAGAAGGUUAUAUAGCUCAGUGGGGCAACCAUUUGGAGUUUGCUGUGAAGCACUUGCUUGAGGCUGAGUACAAACUUUGUAAAGACGUGUUUUUUGAGAGAAUGGGGUUGGAUGUUUGGAAGAGCUGUUUUGCUGAUAUAGCUGCCCAGGCAGGUAUUCUUGCAUUCUUACAAUUUGGGAAAACUGUAGCAGAAAGUAAAAAGGAUCCUAUCAAGCUAUUGAAGCUGUUGGAAAUCUUCGCAGCCUUAAGUAAGCUAAGAUUGGAUUUCAACCGGCUCUUUGGUGGAGCAGCCUGUGCUGAGAUCCAAAAUCGGACGAGAGAUCUCAUCAAGAGGUUGGUUCAAGGGGCUUGUGAAAUUUUUUGGGAGCUUUCAGUUCAAGUUGAAUUGCAAAGGCAUACUCCACCUCCCCCAGAUGGUAGUAUUCCAAGAGUGGUGACUUUUAUUACUGAUUACUGUAAUAAGAUGCUUGGGGAUGACUACAAGCCAAUCCUUGCUCAAGUUCUGGUUAUUGAAAGAAGUUGGAAGCACGAAAAAUUCCAAGAAGGAAUCCUUAUAAAUGAACUUCUGAAUUUAGUUAAAUCUAUUGAGCUGAAUGUGGAGACAUGGUCGAGGAGUUAUGAAGAUGCUGUUUUGUCCUAUAUAUUCUUGAUGAACACUCACUGGCAUUUAUAUAAGCAUCUGAAAGGCACGAAGAUUGGAAACCUAUUGGGCGACUCUUGGUUGAGAGAACACAAACAGUAUAAGGACUACUAUUCUUCUCUAUACUUGAGAGAGAGCUGGGAUAAACUUCCUGCCUUUUUAAGUCGGGAAGGUCUGAUUUUGUUCUCUGGAGGGCAUGCAACUGCCAGUGAUCUUGUGAAAAAGAGAUUAAAAUCUUUUAAUGAAGCUUUUGACAACAUGCAUAUGAAGCAGUCGAAAUGGGUUAUUUUGGACAAAGAUCUGCGGGAGAAAACGCGCCAGGUUAUAAUUCAGACUAUCGUGCCUGUUUAUCGUAGCUACAUGCAAAAUUACGGGCCUUUGGUUGAACAAGACCCUAGUGGAAGCAAAUAUGCAAAGUAUACAGCUCGGUCAUUGGAGAAAUUAUUCAACUCUCUUUUUCAGCCGAAGCCAGUGAAACAAGGCAGUUUAAGAGUGAGGCAGUCAAGUGGGAAAUUUAACAACGGCAUCGCAGAUCAGCAUCAAACUUCUCCAACUGUGAAAUGA